GUCUCUGGGGGGUCGGGGUGGGGGAGGCGGGUUCAGUGAUAGUGUUGUGCAGACUCCGUAGGGCCAGGUGCCUGGGAAGGAAGGUACUCUAAACACCAGCUGGGAUUGUGGUAACUGGUUGCUAGAGUGAGCCCAGGACGGGGAAGCCAGCACCUGAGAGCUCUGUGUGCCUUGAGUCGUGGGUACUUAGCUUUACGUGGUAGGCUCAUGGGCAGAACUGUCCAGUAACCGCCUGUGGGUGUUGCAUGCAGUCUGACUCGUGACCCUUGCUGGGCCAUCGUUGCAGCUUCCCUCCUGCCCCUGACAGUGCUCUUGCUCAGGCCUGAGAGACCUGCCUUUGCCCAGUGGGCCAGUGCCUCACAGCAGAGCCAGGGCCAGAAACCAGUGCUUGGGAUGGUCACUCAGCCUCUCCCAGAUCAGGCAGGGAAUUUCUGAAUAGCCCCUUCAGGGUGCUGAGGGCUCUCAGGAGCAGGGGCCAGGGUGGUGGAAUGUGGGUUUGGAACUGGGUUCCAUGUACCCCUAGUCUAGGCACCUGAGAGCAUUGGCCCUAUACCCCUCAACUGUGCCCAGGCUCUGUAGUUUUUUGGGCAUUGGCUGCAGGCCUGCUUGGGGGAGGAGGGUCCAGACAGGGGUGGGAGUGAGUUUGGACAGGCUCUGGCAGGAGAGCAGAGAACCCAGGCCCCUGUCUUGGCCAGGCCCUGCUGUGGGUCGAAAGGGCUGUGUUAUACUCUUGCACACUCGUGAGGGUGGGGCUGGUGGAUGUGCUAACAUGGGCAGGGUUGGGAUCAGGGCCUUUGGGGCCAAAGCCUGUCCCUAGGGAAUAACUUGGGCCUGCCUGGGUGCAUGUGCAUCAAAGGGGCCACGGCAAGGGUGCUAAGGCAAGGCUGGAGAGUGAGCCAAUUGGAUCCAGGAAAAUCCCUGGCAGCCGUGCGGAUGUGGAAUUUUCCCCAUUCCAGCGUCGCCCAGUUAUGGCGGGGGCAGAGGGCUCUGCCGCAGCCCAGGCCCCACCCAGUGGCGAGCAGGUUUUGCAAUGCCCGAAGGUGGAGCUGUGCAUUCCCAGCCCAGGUGGGCAGGAGUUCCUAUCCUUGGUCCUCCUCUGCGGUGAGGAGGGAAGCUGGGGACUGAAAGAAGGUGGAUCAUGGUUGGGGUACCUGCAUCUGGAUGUUGCUGUGCGCACCCCUUGUGGACACCCUGGAGAGGUGGGUCAGCAGAGACCUCCUAGUGGCCAGACUGGUUGGAGAUAGGUCCCUUGCCUGAGCUUCCCUCAAGGGAUCCUUCCCCCCAUCCACAUUUUAGACCCCAAAAACGUGUCCCCAACUCGCACUGACUUGAGCAGGAGGCCGUACCUUAUGUUGUAUGUUUAGGAUUCCAGAGACCCCAGUAAAAGCUCAGCGACUAGUCUAGCCACUUCCCUUUGCCCAGAGCUGGGCUGCCCUCAUCACCAGCACCACGCCACCCCGUUUCCCAGGCACCCUCGAAUCCCCUUCCGGGCCGGAGCUCAGCCGAGCCUCAGGGUCCAGCGGUGGGACAAUGGCCCCGUUGGCGCUCCCGAGACAAAUGCGCCUUGUUGAGCCGGCGGCGGGGGCGCGGCGCUGCGCGCGGGGACGCUGAAUGCGGCUUCUGUGCAUCCCAGGCGGGCGCGGAGGGGCCGAGAGGGGGCCGUAGCCGGCCGCCUAUUGGCCACAGCACCGGGGGGGUGGGCCAGGCUGGGGGCCGCACCUGGCCGGAGGGAGUGUGGCGGCGGAGGCGGCGGAGGGAGCAUGGUUCAGGUCCGGUGGAGUCGGGGGCCCGGGCGGGUACGCCCCGCCGCCUAGUGAGCGCCCGGGCGGCGCGGGCCCGGGACCGAAACAGCCACGCCAGGCCCGAGGAGAACGGGACUAAGAUGGUCAAUUACCAGUAAACCUUGAUCCCCAGGACCCCUGUACCUGAUGGAAGGAUGUGAGGUGCUUUUCUAGGUAUCCUCUGUUCAUGGCAAGGCCGAACCCAGACCCAAAGACAAACCUAAACCCAGCUAAGAGAGGGUGUAAGAGAUUUCGGCGCCUUGGGUGAACCUGAGGGCCCUUGGGGUUUAGGACAGGGCUCCGAGAACUGCCUCUUCUUGCCAAGACCUUGGGAAGGAUCGGCACCUGCGGCGGGCCUGAAUCGCAUGGUGUCCCGUGUGCCCAUCCCCACACAGGAUGCUGAUAGGAGAGGCAUGAUCGAUCUGUACUGCCUCUUUGAUGAAGGACUUGGGGCUCAGAGGUGAAAUCUCAUCAGACUGAUCCUCGAAGAGCUGGUCAGGUUCUCUGGUCAGGACUCCCAGGUGUCUGAGAUGCCGCUGCCACAGAAGAAGCGCUGGGUGUCCAUGGCCAAGGGGCUGGUGCUGGGCGCACUCUUCACCAGCUUCCUGGUGCUGCUGUACUCCUAUGCUGUCCCCCCACUGCACGCUGGACUGGCCUCCACAAGGACCCCAGAAGGCACAGCGCCCUGCUCCCCGGAGCCCGCUGAGCCGGAGACCCAGACCCCGGCCAACAGCUCUGCGGGAGCUUGCCAGCCUCGGCGCGACAUCGUGUUCAUGAAGACGCACAAGACGGCCAGCAGCACGCUGCUCAACAUCCUGUUCCGCUUUGGCCAGAAGCACGGGCUCAAGUUCGCCUUCCCUAACGGCCGCAACGACUUCGACUACCCAGCCUUCUUCGCUCGCAACCUGGUGCAGGACUAUCGGCCUGGUGCCUGCUUCAACAUCAUCUGCAACCACAUGCGCUUCCACUAUGACGAGGUCCGCGGGCUGGUGCCGCCCAACGCCACGUUCAUCACCGUGCUCCGCGACCCCGCCCGUCUCUUCGAGUCCUCCUUCCACUACUUCGGUUCGGUGGUGCCCUUCACGUGGAAGCUCUCGGGCCGCGACAAGCUGGCCGAGUUCUUGCAGGACCCGGACCGCUACUACGACCCCAACGGCUACAACGCCCACUACCUCCGCAACCUGCUCUUCUUCGACCUAGGCUACGACAGCAGCCUGGACCCCGGCGACCCGCAGGUGCAGGAGCACAUCCUGGAGGUGGAGCGCCGCUUCCACCUGGUGCUCCUGCAGGAGUACUUCGAUGAGUCCCUGGUGCUGCUCAAGGACCUGCUGUGCUGGCAGCUCGAGGACGUGCUCUACUUCAAGCUCAACGCCCGCCGCGCCUCGGCCGUGCCGCGCCUCUCCGGGGAGCUGUACCGGCGCGCCACGGCCUGGAACGUGCUGGACGCCCGCCUCUACCGCCACUUCAACGCCAGCUUCUGGCGCAAGGUGGAGGCGUUCGGGCGGGAGCGCAUGGCCCGGGAGGUGGCCGCCUUGCGGCGCGCCAACGAGCGCAUGCGGCGCAUCUGCAUCGACGGGGGCAGGGCCGUGGACGCCGCCGCCAUCCAGGACUCGGCCAUGCAGCCCUGGCAGCCGCUGGGUGCCAAGUCCAUCCUCGGCUACAACCUCAAGAAGAGCAUUGGGCAGCGGCACGCGCAGCUCUGCCGUCGCAUGCUCACGCCUGAGAUCCAGUACCUGAUGGACCUCGGCGUCAACCUGUGGGUCACUAAGCUCUGGAAGCUCAUCCGGGACUUUCUGAGGUGGUGACACCCCGCCCACCCGCAGCCCCCUCGGCCAGCUGGAUCGCUGAGGAGGGGCUGCGUGGGGGCGCAGGGGGUGGGGUGACGCCGGCCUCCGCUGGGCCCUCCUGGUGCCACCCCGGCUCUCGGGGUGAGGUGGGGGCUGCUGCGGGGAGCACGGCCAAGCCGGAACGGGGCCCUCGGCAGGCAGGGCCUCAGAUCAGUAUUUGACUAAUUCUAGUUUUUUUUUUUUUUUUUUUUAAAGAAUUAAAUCCCCUUCCCUCCAAAAAAGAAUGUUCUAUUUCCUGCCUCCCCUUAAAGGGGAGAGUUCAGAAGUAAAGGCGUUUGAUGUUGUGUUUUUUGUUAAUCAGCCUCAGUGGUGCUGACUGGUGGGGCCCUGGGUGGGAGGUGACCCAUGAGGAUGGGGGGACCUGCAAGAGAGCAUGGCGGGUGCCUGAGUGUGUCUGUGGGACGAAGCCCAGUGGUGUGGCAGGGUUUGGCGCACACCUGUUAGGUGCUGAAGCCCUGUGUGGUUGAAGGACUCCCAGGAACUACCAAGACCUGGAAGGGCGUGUGUAUGCGCGCAUGCGCGCGCGCGAUCAUCCUGGAGCUCUACCAGUCACUGAGUCCAGCCCAACACUGGUUAUGUGUCCAGCACUAGGCUGAGUGUGUUAUUUCAAUUCAUCUUCAUCAAAAGUCAGCAAUGCGGGAACUGUCAUUUCCUCAUGCCAGAGAUGAGGAAGGGAACUCAGAGAGGGAAAGUCAUCUGGCCAAGAUCACACAGCAAGGACAACGCCAUGUGAAGACAGGCCAAGAUUGGCGUGAGGCAGUUACAAGCCAAGGAAUGCCAAGGGUCAACAGUGACCUCCAGAAGCUAAGAAGAGGCAAUGAAGGAUUCUACCCAGAGUCUCAGAGGAAACAUGGCUCUGCUGACACCUUGAUUUCAGCCUUCCAGCCUUCAGAACUGUGAAAGAAUAAAUUUCUGUUGUUUUA